AUGCAAAUGGAACCAUGGCGGAAACGAGGGUUUGUCCCAGACUCGGACGAAGAGGACGAACUCGAUAGCCUCGAAUCAAAAGAGGGCAUUGACGUUGGUACCAGCGAUAAGGAUGUCGACCUCGAAUACCUACCCGUUCCGACAUCAACAGCAGUUGUCACGUCACCAGCCCCAGCGAACCACGAUGCAGACCCGGAGGUCGGUUCGGUAGCCCUUUCUGAUAGCGAGAAGUCACGAGCAGGCUCAGUGGAACUUGUGACGAAUCCUAAGCUUAGACAACGGUAUAUGAGAAAAUCGGGUUCGCAAACCAGAGGGUCAGUGGAAAGUCCAAAGGAUCAUCCAAGCAGCUCUUCUAUCGACGAACAAACACCCAAGCCACGCCGGGGAGGACUCAAAACAUAUGGGAAACGAUCCUCAGCUACGAAAUCAACGAAGUCACACCAGAACUAUGAGAAAAAUCUUAAUUAUAUCUCCCAGAAGCAAGAUGAUGGGAUAUGGGAUAUCCCUAGUUCGCCAGCUACACACGAUUGGUCUGCACGCAAAUCACGACGCCAGGAUCGCGAGUCGACACCCAAAGCUUCAACUCCCACAGAGCUUUCUCAAUCUUCUGUUGCGCGAAGGCCCAAAGUGAAAGAAUUGCAGCAACUGGGCGGUAUUACCAGAUCUCGGAGUACUUCACCCGACGAGUUAAAUCUGGUCGAACUGCCUGGCGUGAAAACUACCAGUGUCAAUCAACCUCGAAAUGAAGAUAUACCGCAGCCGGACAGCUCCGAAAAUGAUUCACCGUUAUCAUCGCCGCCGUCGUCCAUUCAUUCUCCUGCCAUUGAGGCGGAACAAGGGCUUGGUAUGGCCGUCAUGGAACCCCAACCAGUCGUCCUGCAAAUCCCUUCUGAAAUUGAGAUACCCCCGGAAGUUUUGGACCAAGUAGAGGCCCGACCUAUGCAAAGAAGUUUCCGCGAGCGCAACGCCAUCCAGCUCCAUCCUUAUGCUCUUGAAAUGGCCAAGUAUCAAAAUUUAAUGAAGCAAGGAGGCAUUAGACCAGUGCGAAUGCCCGUUGAAGAACAGAGGAAACGAGCUCCGCCAACAACAGAUGACAGCCAGGAGCAGGAUGAUUUCAAUCCCGAUUCAUUUCGCUCAAGCCCUCCCCCAGAAGAGUUUCUUCCUCCCGCGAGACCUGAACGUCGCCAAGACGAAGAUACAAAUGGAGAUAGACAUCCGAACCAUAAGAAGAACCGCUCUCCAAUCCAAAGAACUCAUUCAACCAAACGAAGAAAAAAGUCGACAUCUGGUGUUUGGCACGGUGCUGGUCCGAAUGAGCACCAAAGGCCUCAAGUAGUGAUCCAAAGGACCCCUCCCACUCCACGUCCCGACACAUGGCCAGCCAAUUCAAUUUUCGAUCUCCCAUCCAGUCCACCAGAUCCAGGAGGUGCUUCAUCAGCUAUGCAAACACCGCGCGCCUCAGAUGGGUUCCGAUUUCCUCCAGGGUUCACACCACCUUCAACUACGACCACAGUUGUCCAAUCAAAACCAGCCAUUCUGCGAGUAGAUGAACCUAAUGUUGAAGGACCAGAUUCUGAUACCAGUUCUGAUGAUGAAGAAGACUCGGACACGUCUCAAGCGUCAUCCGGAGAACCGGAGGAAACCGCCGAAGACCGUGAGAUACGAAGAAUACAACGACAAACCCGUGGAGUCCUUCCUGCUUCUUAUAUUCGGCUUACCCAGAAUCGGUUAGAAAAACAAAAAGGAAUCCAAGGCAAUCACAGCCAUGGCUCCCAGCGGAUAGAUGGUAAAGGUAUCGCGCAGAAGAUUGUUCGAAAACGCGGACAGCUUGGGAGAACAACCUCUUGGAUGGAUUUUGGAGACUCUGACGAUAGUGAUGACGGGAACAAGAAUGAAAAUCAUGAAAGUGCCGAGCAAGAUGCAACCGACAAGGAAACUGUUCGUGCGCCCGAUAAUUUGUUUAACGACGACCAAGAUAUCAUGGAGGAUAAUCGCAUCGACUAUAUGCUCCCAACUGUCCCACGCAAAACUUCAAGCUCACAUGGCCAAACGGGUCUGAAACGGCCAAAGUCGGGACAAAGUAUAAGCCGGAGCGAAAGAGAAGCAAAAAGAGCUCGCUUGAAAAGGCAAACCAGACUCACAGAUGCAUCAUAUGGAGGCCGACGAACAAAACAGGCAUCAAAUAGGAUAGCGCCAAGACAAAAAUCGAGAUCAGCAUCGAGACCAGCACCAACACCAGCACCCAGAUUGGGCAUUCUCGAUGCACCUGAUGUCGCUUCUCGGCCCCGUCAGGAACAACCGCAGUUUCUCAGAGUUGCUGCAAGGGUUACUCGCUCGCGUCGAGAUGCGGGAAGACGAAGCCCAACUCGCAAGUUUGUCCAGUUGAGCUCAAAGCUUGACACGGCAGAUGCCAACCAGUCAUUGCGAGAAUGGAAAAAAGGAAAGAUUCAGCAGUCCAGGGUGGUUGGACGUCAAUCCAAGUCUCGCAAGCGACAACCACUUGCGACCCUUCCAAACGGACAUCGAGCGGCACCAUCUGUCCCAAGGACUCAAUAUUCAAAACACGCUGCUGCUACACGGCCUGAUGUCAUUAUGUUGGAUGAUGAAGCAUCAAAUGGCGAAGAAAAUGCAUCAACAGGGACAGCUGCAUUGCCGAAUACAUUAUCGGCACAUCACAACACAGCGGCCGUGCAACCGAAGCAGCCAGAAAGGCAGGGACAUCAGUGGAUUGUUCGCAGAAACGUCGCGAUUUCAUCUCUCAGACGAAGCGCCCAUCGCCCUGCUGCAACAAGCUUGGUACAGCCUGAUGGGAGCCAAGCGGCAUCUAAAGAUAACUUCAGCCGAUCCUUGACUUUACUCAACAGGGAUUAUCGGCAAAAAAACAAGCUCAACCACAGUCUUACACUGAACCGAUACCUUUCCAGCACUGGACCAGUGGGCAUAUCAUCUUCGGCGCUACCGAACUCGUUCCCAACAGCAGAAACACAAGCCAACCCCAGCCACCAGCCACCAAUCUCCCAACAUCAAAUCCAGCGGCGUCGGUUGAAAAAGUCCAUGCCUCAUCGAAUCAAUGUCGACGCAGACGAGUUCCGUCAAAUUCAAGAGCCAGUUGAUGAGCUGGAUUCUCUUCCCAUUGGCCCUGCCGCGCCGAUGCGCCAUUCGAACUUCAGCGUAGGAGGGUUAUUCAACUGGCAACCCUCGUACUCGCUCGACUUUGGUAUAAUGCCCUUGCCGGAUGGAACUUUCUUCCAUGAAUCUACGUUUAUAGGAAGCGGAGAUUUCUCCAAGUCGCUACAACUUAAAAAACGAGACCUAGAUCACGAAACAAAGUCAUCUUCAAUCAAUUUCAAGGACAAGACAUACCGUUGGGGCGCUUGGGAUGACACAGUAUCCUCGCAGAUGGGAUCUGUCUUUGACAUGAUCACCAUUGAAUCCGAGCAAUGCAUUUCUCCCUCUCCAGAAAUGACGACAGACCCUUCGUUAUCCUCGACAUCUCUCGCAUAUCGUUCAUUAAUUGCCUAUGUGACUGAUGGCUUAUCUUUUAUUGACCCAGUUGACCGGAACAGCUUUGCUAUGCGAACAAUGGGACUGGUGUCUCGGCUCCGAGAAUCAGUGACUGCGUUCAUAACCAACGGGGAAUUCAAUAAAAGUGGUUUAGUAAGACUAGCGUACUAUAACCUGGUUUUUGCAAACCAAAUACACCAGAUUUCCUCUCACCCGCUUGUCAGCAACGAUCUUGCCAGUGAUGUCUUAGAUCUCGUCAAAGCUUGUGCUAAAGAUGCUACUGCACUGGUCUUAAGCGAAGCCGGAAUUGCAGAGCUUCAUCAUCUGUUAGAAGAGUCCAAGAACUCGACGCUGCAAGACAUAGGCAUUCGUGAAGACUUCCCAUCGGCAACUGCUUUGGUCAUCACUGUGCAACUCUUGCGCAGCUCUGAAUCAUUUAAUGGACUGCUUGCCGAUCUGCACAGUGAGGUGUACACAAAAUGUCUUCUUCGGAACCAAAAAGAUAUCACCAUCUUGGAAUUUGCAUGGCGUGGCUUGUUCACAACCUUACCACUAAAUGAGAUCGAUGAUAGAGGUAUCUCACGACGUGAGUUCCGGUACAAGACGAAGAAUGACGACUGGAACCUGGUCAAACAAUUUCUCUCCCCUGCGUUGGAUAGUUGCGACACCAACUCUGCUAUCCAGCCCAUAUCGUACAAUUCAUAUUGUCGUACGCUAUUUCAGAGAUGCUAUCUGCUUAUCAACGCGUGGGGUUGGAGGGACUGCAAGCCAAUUCUCGACACUCUCUAUGAUUUUUUUGCUCGCAAACUUUUUCAUAACUUGAAGCUCGAGCAAAGUCGUGGAUCCCCUACUUUCCUUGACGAACUCGACAGAACGCCGUCGUUGGACAUUCUAACUGGGGAGCCAUGCUUUCACACACUGCUCAAGAUCAUUGCAAGUGGCCUGCGCUUCCUGUCCUCGAGGUAUGAGAAGAAGAAAAUUCGGAACUUUGCUUGGCGCCUUCUUCCGAACCACGGUCGCGUUUACCCCAAGGAAAUGCCAUUGCGCCAUGAGGACCUGGAUGCGCUAAGGAACCACCAUGAUCUGCUAUGUACAUUGUACUGGGCUGUUCCAGAUGGCUGUCGACCUCGAUUAGAGGCAAUUCGAAACCUUGUGCACCCUGCAAGUUCUCACCGAGAAACAUGCAAUAUCAAUUUGAAGUCGUGGACAAGACUUAUUCGAUUUAAGCUGUCUACAGAUGAGGAUGUGUCAGGUCUGGAACCAUUCGCCGAUUGGCACAGCCAUUUCUUGACAGAGCUUGCGCAGCAGCAUACAAAUACUCGGAACGAAAUCGAGGCGCAGAGUAAAAAUGACAAAUUCGCCUCCAAGGAGCUCGUUGAGAGCACCAUCUCUCAGAAUCAGCGACAGAUCGAAACCUCGUUGGAUGUGGCUCUUUCGGGACUAUGUACUGCCGUGGCGCUUGCUCCGUCCUUGGAACAUGCCCACAGGUUGAUCUCAAAAACCCCAUUUGAUGCCAUCAUUAGCCUGUUCGAUGCAAAGCGUGCACGAGUGAACAACGUUAUUUCCGAGGCUCUACAUGUGAUAGUAGCUUAUGUCCAGAAGGAUCCUGUCUCACCUGCUACAACUGCCGUUGCUCCUGCUCCUGUGGCCACGACCUCGUUUGACGAAGACAGUCAGGAAUUCGAGGGAUUCGAUGACUGGACUGAUAUUGAUGCCGCUCUGGUCCAACAAGACACAGCACCGAAAGAAAUAGAGUACGUGCAGACUAAUCUUCGCGCCACCGUUUUUCGUCUAGUUUCCAACUGCUUUGGCCAAGAAAAUUGUCCCGAGGAUCCGAUUCUCAUGGACGUUGUUGAUUGCUGGGCCUCAGUUGCUUAUGUCCUUGUUCGCCAUGGGCUGCAACGUUGGGACGAUUACUUGAGUCCGUACGGGAAUCAAUCAUGGUCGCAGCUUCGACAGACAAUGCAGACCCGAAAGUAUACAGGUCAUUUUCUGGCUGCCUGCAUCGAGAAAGACCCGCAGAUCCUCGUCGAAAGCAGAAACCUUGUGAUGGGCACAUGGAUAUCAUCUUUGGUUGAGCGGUCAUCAAUGCUCAAGUUCCAGCAUCGUCUCACAACAGCAGUACUCAAUGGAAGACCUCAGGACCCGUUGCUGCAGAAUCUCCCAUUCACGACGGAUAAGAAAGACGACAAGUACCACAUACCUCUGGAAGAACUCGGUCAACGUCGAGUAUCGCUUCUCUCGAGUCUUUUGUCCAACAUGCGCGAGCAUGUCCUGCAAUUAGAAGCUUCGGGGAGUCGAAACUUGUCCGUCACCAAGCAGGAUUACUCAGAACUGCUUCAACGCUUAAUGACAGCCAUGAAAGACAAUUACUGUGAACUUGGCAAUGGAACAGCGGAGUCUGCGCAGGGUGCCUAUGUCGAAUUCGUGCACCGUAUCAUUCGAUUCCUGCAGGAACUCACCAGCGACAUCAAACCCGUCGACCCAUUCUUUACAGACCCUACCAUGUUCCCUCUGCCACCCACAGACCCGCGAUACAUUGUUGCAAAGUUGAAACGCUACGAGCCUAAGCUCGGAUCCAACAAGGAGGUUCAGACCUUGACGAUGUUCAUCCAAAGUAUCGUCGAAAGAGCGACUGUGGAGUGUCAGCAAAGUAACCUGGUCGAUCAACUGCACACUGCUAUGAAAAAUACUUAUGAAGCCGGGCGACCUGACAAGCCUACUCUUCGUGCUGUCCUCUUGCAAUGUGUGUUCCCAGCAUAUGUUGAAUUGGCUUUCAGUGCCCCCGCCGCUUGGAUUUUGAGCCGCCCGAUCAUCUUGAGCAUCUCGCUCGUGUUCAGGGAUCUGUUAUUCAGCCUUGACAUCAAUGACUCAGCUUGCGUAUUGUCUAUGUUGAGAAUAUUCGAUGCGGUCUUCCAGGCAUCAUAUCGUGCACUUCGGCCCUUGUCUACAUGCCCGCGACGGUUCAAGGAUCCUGCUGUCUUGUCAAUGUUUGCCGAAUUUCUUGAGAUGAUUGCUUCUUCACUUGUUGUUGUUGACUAUAUCGACCGCGUCACCGAUAACGCAGGGGAUGUCAUUUCUUACAUCCGAUGGUUUAGCGAUCUCUCCACCGCUGUAUCAUCCGAAUUAGACAAUUCGGAACCAGGGACAGCGUCUGACGCAAGUAUUGCUGCCAUCCCAGCGCCAGAACAAGCCUCGGACAAAUCUGCGGCUGCGGUCCCGCAACAUCUUGUGACGGGCCGACGCCUCGCUUUCGAAGACCAUAAAUCUUAUCUCAAAAUCUGGACACUCCAUAAUGACAAAUACUAUUACACUCGUCAGGGCCAUGACGCUAAGGAGGUGUCUCUGGAUCCUGGGGUAGUUGCGGUCAUUCAAAACGAGGCUGCAGCGAAGAAGGCAUUAGAAGAUGCAAGCGCCGAGUUUUCAGCUUUGGUCGAGCAUUAUGGGUUCUUUUCUUUCUGA